CCGAGCUUUGCUGCAUGCUCGGUGCCGCCUCAGCCCCAGCCCGGAGGUGGAAGAUGGCGGAGCCGGGGCCGGAUUGCAGCUCUCUGCUUGACGAGGAUCUUUCCUCCUUCGUCUUCAGUUACCUCGCUGACAGCCAGUACGAGGUGUCUGGUGAGGAACACCUCUAUUCUGACUUCCCUGAGAUUGAUUUGUCCCAGCUGGAUGCCAGCGACUUUGACUCAGCCAGCUGCUUCAGCGAGCUGCAGUGGUGCGGGGAGCACUCGGAGACCGACUCCAGCCAGUACAGCACUGACGACUCCGAGCUCUUCCAGAUAAUAGACAGCGAGAAUGAAGCGCUGCUGGCAGCCCUCACCGAGACUUUGGAUGAUAUACAGGGAGAUGACAUGGGCCUGGCUGCCUUCCGCACUAUGGAAGAGGGGGACACGCUCCACCAUGCCUACACCUCGCCUGCCCCCUCCCCCAAAACCACCGCCCCGGUCACGGGGGGGCCGUCCCCGGCCCCCGAGUUUGAUGAGCUGUCUCUACUGAAGAAGUUGCUCCUCUCUCCAUCGCACGUGCCUCCAAGCUGUGAGGCUCAGCGGGAUGGGAGUGCCCGGCGCCCGGGGACCCCUAAGUCCCGACCCGCACGGCCCUGUGUGAAGGUGGAGGGUUCCCGGGACAGGAGGGCAAGCAUCCCGCAGGCACAGAGCCGCAGCUGCACCGAGCUGCACCGGCACCUCACCUCCACCACCCCCUGCUCCCAGACCAAAGCUUCCCGGGCACCCGAGGAGUGCUCCAGCAGCCCCCACCACCUGCCCCCAAGUGACUCUGCCCACCACGAGGAUGACAGUGACUCCAGCGAGGACUCACUGAGCUCUGGUGACUCAGUGACCCCCCCCUGCUUGGCAGAGAAUAUCUCCAGCAGCCAGUUCUCCUGUGAGGGGGAAAUGCACUCAGUGGUGGAGCUCAUCCGCUACAUGCACACCUACUGCCUGCCGCCGCGGAAGCUGCCUGCCCGCGAUGCCGCCGAUGCCAAGCCCCAGCCCUGCAGCAGCCCCUUCAAGAGAGCCAAACCAGACUGUCCCAGCAGUGCCCCGAGCCGGCUGGGCUGCGCUUGGCAAGCGGCAGGGGGCUACAAGAAGCCCGGAGCAUCCUUCUCCAUCCUGAAGGAGUUGCUGGCACGGGAUCUGCUCUGCGAUGUGAGCAAGCCAUACCGCCUGGGCAAGCCUGUGUAUGCCGCCCUGGCCCUGCCACCCAGCUCCUGCUCCUCUGUGCCACUGGCCCAGGACAGGGAGGACACUGCUGGGACCUGCACAUCCAGAGCCAAAAUGGCACCGGAGAAGGGUGAGCCAUGGCAGAGCCCCAGGGCCGAGGCAGACACACCGCGGGAGCUCAGUGGCCUCGAGGACGAUGGUGGGAAGUGUGUGGGCACCCCGGGCACAGCUGUGGGGAAGGUGGCCCGUAAACAGGAGAGCACCAUUUACGCCGUCCGCCGCUCCAAGAGACUCAACCCUGAGCUCGGUCACUGGCUCUCCUUCCUAGACGAGCCACCCCCCGAGUCCUCCAUCCCCCAGGAGGCAGGAGACAGCCAUCAUCCCCAGGAUGCCCUGGCCUGCCCAGCACUGGUCGGCUUCUCUGCCGAAGAGCCCGCAGCUGAAGUGGAGGUGGGGGGCACGGAGGAGGGAGACGGUGGGAGCACAGCACUGCCAGCAGAGCUCCAGCAGCUCUCCCUGAGCUCCCCGGGGAAUGGCGAGGUGGGCAACCGGGCUGAGACCCGGGGCUGUGCCCUCCUGGAGCAAGCAGAAACACCCAGGUGUCUCACGCUGUCCUUGGCACAAACUGACCCGACCUUUGGGAAGAGAAACUUUGAGCCAAUGCUGACUGUGGAGUUGUGUGGGACGGCAGGUCUCACGCCGCCCACUACUCCGCCUUACAAGCCUGCUGAGGAGGACCUGUACAAGCCAGACAUCCCCCAGGAGCCAGGGAAGGAGGAGGGGACAGCCCCCAGCCCCGGGGGUGCAGGGGACAUAGCAGCCUCCCGGAAGGUCCCCAAGAAGCACCCUGAGAGGACAGAGCUCUUCGCCCAUCUGAGCCGAGCCGCCGGGCGCCCUGCACUCCCUGAGCAGCAGGGUGUGCUCAAGCGGCCCUUCUCCCGCUCCUUUGGGGACCACGACUACUGCCAGGUGCUGAAGCCCGAGGCUGCCCUGCAGAGGAAGGUGCUCAGGUCCUGGGAGCCCCCGGGCCAGGUGGAGAUGGAGCACAAGAGGAGGGUCCCGGCUGCCCACUACCAGAGGCUGGACCUCGGCAGCAAGGAGGCAGGAGGCCAGAUGUUGUGGAAGGAUGGUGUCAAGCAGCUGAGGGACCAGGAGAUCAGAGCCAGCUUAACAAAGCACUUCGGCUUUCUGGACAGUGCUCUCGAUGAUGAGGACAUGGUCUUCUGCAAGAGCCCCGAAUACGACACUGUCUUUGAAGACAGCUGCAGUGAGAGUGGCUCCCCUGUGGAGGAGGAGGAGGAAGAGGAGGAGGAGGAGCACAGUGAUGCCAAGCUGUGCCUGCGGAGAAACCCCCUUUCCAGGACCAGUUUGCAUUACUGUUCCCGGAGCAGGUCCAGCUCGGGGUCUUCGUGCUGCCGGUCCCGAUCACCUGCAAGCAGGCGGACCUUCAGGUGUGAGAGUGGCGAGCAGUGUCAGGGCAGGAGCGGGCACCGGGGCCAGAUGGAGAAGAGACGGGAAAAGGCCAUCGGAGAAGGUCGGGUGGUGUAUAUCAGAAACCUCUCCAGCAGCAUGAGCUCCAGUGAACUAAAGAAACGCUUUGAAGUGUUUGGUGAAAUCGUGGAGUGUCAGGUCCUGUCCAGGACUAACAGGGGGGAUAAAUACGGCUUCAUCACCUACCGGUAUUCGGAGCACGCCGCCUUAUCGCUGAAGAAUGGCACCUCGCUAAGGAAGAGGAAUGAGCCUUCGUUCCAGCUCAGCUCUGGUGGCCUCGGGCACUUCUUCUGGACCAGAUAUGCUGACUUGGAUUGCAGCUCAGAGGAGUCCUCCCCAGCUCCAGUGAAAAGCAAGUAUGAGACCAUGGAUUUCGACAGCUUGCUGCAGGAGGCCCAGCUAAGCCUGCAUCGGUAACAGCCUUAACCUUGGAGGAAUACCUCAAUACCUCAGUCAAGGCACUUCCAAAAUGUUUACGUUUUCAAAGAAAUUAUUCAGUCUAUGGAAAGCGAGAGAGAGCGAGAGAGCGAGAGCACGCACGCGCGAGAGAGAGACUGCUGUCCCUUCCAAUCGAUGUUUACAUUGAACAAAGCUGCUUCUGUCUGUGAGUCCCCAUGGUGUUGAUGUCUCACUGCCACACGUUAGUCCCCCCGCUUCUGACUGAUUGUUUUAGGGUGAGCCUAGGAGCCCCUCGGCCCCUCUCCCCAGUCCUGCCCCCCCCCAGCCCCGUGCUCCCACCGUGGAGUUGCAGCUGUGUUCACCAUAACAUUUUUUUGUCUGUAGUGUGUGAUGAUGAAAUUGUUAAUUGUGAAUAGAAUCAGGAUUAUAAACUAAUUUUUAAUAGAAGAGAGAGAAAAAAAAAAGUAUAUACUUAAAAAAAAAAUGUAUUUAUGGCUCAGAUGUACUGUAAUUCAGAUUUAUUGUACCGCUUCCUUGAUUUUUAACUAUGCACUGUAAUGAGGCAUUUGCCACUCAGCAAAUGGGGGUCAGAGGAGUCACGGAGCUGGUGUUCACCUGUCAGCCUCGGAGGCACCUGCCUCCCCCUCCGGCAACCCGGGGUGCUCAGCAGUCACGACAGGGUCACCCACUUUGCUGUCAAAGCCAUUCUUCUUUCUCACAUGGUCUGAACCCCCUGAGCCCCCCGGCACUGAGCCUGGCUGGGUCACUGCACCCAGAUGCUGAGCUUGGUCCUGGUGUAGGGAGCUGGCAGGCCAUGGGGCACACAAGCCCCACACUGUUCUCGCUGUGGGGCCAGGCAGCUUUGCAAGUGUGAAGGAGAGUGGUGGUAGGGGGCAGCAGGACUGAUGCUUGGCAGCCAGCACUGCUGCAACCCUCUGCUGCCUUUGGAGCCUGCAGAGAGGGGCUGGGGGCCUGAGCCAGCCAGGCUUGAUCCACUGGGUCCUGUUGGCACCCUUUAGGGGAUGGGCAUCUCCAGGUCCCUGGGUGCUGGGAGGCCAGCCGGGAUUGAGCAGCUUGCUCCCUGCUCGCUUCCACCCCCUGCAAAGCAAGUGGGGCAAGAAGAUCCAUCUGAGAUCCCUGCCUGUCAGCCAGCCCAAAAUCCAGAGAGGCAGUGAGGUGGGAGGGGGCACGGCAGCCGAGCUGAACAUCUGCCUCACCCAACAUGCUGCCCGUGCUCUGCCCAGUGCCUGAUAAGCCAUACGCUUCCCCAGCACCCGUUGGUACCCAGGACAUGUCCCCCAUGCCUGCUGGCACCCCACGGCAUGCUUGCAUGCUCUGCCACUGGACAAGGGCCCCAAGGGCAGCGCUGGGUUGAAGGCAUGCUCAAGCAGCGCUCCCCCCUGCAACUUGCAAACUUGCCCUCCAUCUCCAGGUAAGGUGGAAUGGGGAGGCAGCCCACCACCAGCUGGAGCAAACCCCACCGUGAGCUAGCCAGAGGCACUGUUUUCCCAAGGGAGUAGGAAUCUUGCUGCUCCUCAAGCCAUCGCCAUCGUCUCCAUUUGUAUUUCAGACCCAGAGAUCACUAGGGAUUCAGCCAUCCUAUGUAGAUAGAAUAUUAUAGCCUUAACUCUGCCAAUAGAUAGAGUCUCCUGGGUUCUCCCCUCAGCAUGACUUAAGGGUUUUCUUCUCAUUUCCCUGGUGUGGGUACUAUUUUGUCUUGCAGGGUGUAUGACCAAUGCCUCCAAAAUUGCAUGAGAGGUGAUGCCAAGAGCCCAAGUGCUGCCGAGGUGGCCCUUGGCUGCGGGGCUGUUUGCAGCUGGUCUCAGGUGGGAGCAGGAAUGCCGGCAGCGCCGAUACCAGCACAGUUACCUGGCUGCUUCUGCCCACUUUUGGGGAAGCUGUGGUUCUGAUGACAACCAGCCCAGUGCUGCGAGGGCCCACAGGCCACUGGGGGGUUUGAACUGCGGGUACCCAACCUGCCGCCAGUGAGGAUCACUGUCAGGGAGCAGCCCUUGUGCCAUUUCAGUCUCAGCAGCAAGGUUCGGCAACUCUCCUGCCACAAGCUCCCCCCACUUCUUAAUCCCACCUUAGCAAGCACCAGUAGCUCUGGCCGAGACUGAGCAUCUGCUAUUGGCAAUUGCCUCAUUGUAGCUUUGCCUUUUUCUGUCCUAGUAUUUCCUCACAACGAUGAUGUUUACAUGUGAUUGCUAUAGAGCUUAUGUAGAAUGUAUAUAGCGACACAUUUAGGGUGGGUAGUACUGUCCUGUGCUGUGCUGAUGUUUUUCAGAAAACAAUCAAUCAAAAAAAAUGACAAAAAAAAAAAACCUACAAAAAAAAAAAAAAAAGAAAGAAAAGAAAAGUAAGUGGAAUUCUGCCAUUUCCUGCUCAGCCAGGGGCACCGAGCCCCCACGGCAGGCCCCUGCUGGGGAUGCAUCAAGCAUGGUGGAGGGGAAGUGUUAGUGCAGAGCUGGGGGCUCCAGGGCCAGGGGAACCCUCUCCUGGGGCAUCAUUCAGUCACUUCCCAAGCAUUCAUUUUGGAGUACCCAGAUACAAAUUUUGCAUUGUUUUCCUGUGGCUGGGUGCCCCAGGUCAGCCCACAGCUCCUGCCCCAGCCUCUGAAUGUCAAGGUCAGUGCUCGAGAAGGGGAGGGCUUGUCCUGCACACAGCCGAUCAGUACUGCACCUGUAGGGUAGAAAGAGAUGCAAUAAGUGGUCUUCGUGGUGCCUGAAGCCUCUAAGUGGGGUUGGGGUUUUUGGUUUGGUUUUCGUUGUGGUUUUGUUUGUUUGUUUGUUUGAGUUUUUUGUUUGCUUGGGUGUGUUUUGUUUUGUGGGUUUUUUAAUCUGUUAAAUUGGAAUAGUUUGUUUUCCUUCCCACACUGAUAAAUUUCUCCAGGACUUACGCACUGUGAGCAAGAGGUGUGCAAGAUGCAGGAGGCACAACUGUGGCUGGGGCAGCUCUGCUGUGUGCUUCCUGUCCCAGGGGCUGUGUGCUGCCUGUCCUGCAGGCUUCCCCCCUGUUUUUUAGGACUAGGUGACAGUGGAGGGUGUUCAGCUCAAGGAGCACAGGUCUGCUGGGUUUAGAAACCCUCACGUAGGUUUUGUAGUGAAAAACAAGUUUCCACUUGAUUUUAUUUUUUUAUAUAUAUAUUUUUUUUUAAUAUAAAGGUGUCUUUAGCUCACAGUGCUCGAGUCUGCAAAAGGGCAGGAAGGAGGGCUCAGGCACAAGGGGCAGGUGAGAGCUUGCUGCCUUAAGGCCUGUGAUUGUUUCGGAUGCUAACAGGGAAGUGGGGCAGGAGCAAAGUGAUGCCCGGGACAGGCAGCCACGCUGCUGGGGAAGCCAGAGGCACCCAGCACCUUGCAGGAGCUUCCAGGCCCAAGGAGUGGGGGUUGCCCCCUCCAAGGAUUAGCUUUAUGUCCCACUCAGCCCAUGGUAUCGCUGCUGAUGCCCUGGCAUGAGUGCAGCUCAAGCUGGGCAUCCCAAAAAGGGAACCCUCACACCCUGGGGAAGCUGCCCUCCUCACAGGCGGCUGCAGGCGGGUGGGAGCGCUACUUCAAAGAGCAACUGGGAGCAAAAGGGUGUAGUAUGGUAGGCAAUAAGUAAGGAGGAGAUUUAUUUUUUUAAAAAUAUGUAACUAUAGAAUGUCCCCUAGUAGUUUCUCAGUGGUAGAGUGGGGAAAGCUGAAUGUGAAGAGUGUCAUGAUAAAAAGCCCCUUAACUUUUUUUGCACAGAUUCAUCCCAGAAAAACUCCUUGUUCAGGGUGGGGUACAGGGUUUCUGGCUGGAAUCCAGCAGGUCCCUGGGGCUGCAUGGGAAGGAGCAAAUGUUUCUGAGUGUCUGGGUUGAAUGCAGAGGACAAUCCCAGGUUUUACAUUCAAUGUUGCCCCAAAGAAAAGUUCUACCCUGACUCCUACUCAGCGCAGCUGGCUGGGCUGCACAUCUUUAAGGAAGCAGCAGCUCAGUCACCAUGUUGCAGUCUUGAGUGUGUGAUUUCAGCACUGGUCCCUGCAAAGGAGUGUUGCAAUUGCAGACCAGCACUUUUUUUUUUUCUUUUCUUUUUUUCCUUUUGCUUUUUUUUGUGGGUUUUGUUCGUUUUACUUUCUUUUUGGAGGUGUGCUGAAUACUGAGAUACAUGAGAUACAUCGUUGUUCAUAACUGAGCCCUGACAGCCUUUCUGUUCUAGCCUCGCAGACUACCCCCAACAAUCUCAAGCAAUAUAGAGCCAAAUGCAGCCUUGGGUUUUAUUCCUCUUCCCUCACCCACCUUGGGGUCAGGGGUGGUGGUGGCAGCCUGGCCACGGUGCCCACAUCCACAGCACCCAGCUGGGAGCCGUGCUGUGGUAAAUACUGAGUUGGGGAGGGAGUGUGUGUAUGCAUGUGAGAAAGACAAAGAUUAAACUGAUGCAUUUAUUGAGAAAGGUGUAAGAAUUUCACCUAUAAGGGGCACAUCUGCUUUGUUAUUUAUAUAUUAAAAAAAGCUAAAUUCUGUCUUUUUUUUUUUUUUUAAGUAAAAGGACACUGCUGAUAAUUAUUAGGGGCCAAUUCUGCCUUCCUUCCUCAUGCCGAGUAAGUACUACUUAACUCUGCAAUUUUCUACUUGCAGAGUAAGUAAAAGUGGCAGAAUUGAUCCCUCUGUGAUUAAGAAUCAAGUUUUUAAUCUGUUGUUGGUUUGUUUUUUUUUUUAAUUGGUAGUGGUUUUUUAUAUUUCACUUAAUUUUUUCCCCAGUUCUGUUCCGUUGUGUCCUUAUUUAUGUAAUAUACUUUAACCUUAAAAGAUGGCAUGGAUUCUUAUGCCUUUCCUUUAUUAUUAUUGUUAUUUUUUUUUUUUUUAAAAAGAGAUUUAUUUCUAGUGUGAUUUAACUGUCUACCUUCUAAAACGAGAGAAUGUUUUCUUGUAUUUUUACAUUGUCAGAUUCUAUAGUUUCAUAGAUAAUUUAACCAAAUCGCUCAAUGUAUUAUCUCUAUCUAUCUGGUGGGUAUAAAAGUUCUAUUUUAAAUUGUGUAAAUACUUCAGAACUGGCUUCUUUUUCCAGACUCCCCUGCCGUGGAGUUACUUGUUUACAUCAAAAAGACUGUAGAAUCUCUAUGCUCAUGUACUGUAAAUAGUGAAGUGAUCUGCUUAUAAAUAAAUGAUAACAUAUAUACUAUAAA